GAUACGGCUGUGUCUGAGUGGGAGAUGGACUGAGUGAGGGCGCUCUUUCGACCAGUGCUGCUGAUAGCAUUGAAAUACACACAAGCUAGGUUGAAAUUAUUGACAAUUUUAGAUCUCCGAAUCAACAAGAAGAAUAGAGUACCGUUAUCAAUCUUUCACAUCCCACUCCAUACACACUAACACGGCAUUGAUGGUAAUGUAUGCAAGGAAACAACCGAGACUCGGCGAUGGGUGCGACCGAAGAGAUACUCAGCCCUAUCAGGCUCUCAAAUACUCGUCCAAGAGCCAUCCAGGAGGGGACCACCGCCAUGAAAAGAUGCGAGACUCCUCAGAUGUCACUCCUCCCUGCAAAAUGCUCAGGAGGUCUGACAGCCCUGAAAACAAACACAUCGACAGCACAGGGCACAGCAGAGCAAAGGCUGUCCAUACACACCGGGCCAGAGACAGGGAUGGAGGUGAGAGACCUGUUUUUCAAAUUUGUAUUGUCAUAACAUAUGCGUAA